CAGAGCUCUGCUGGUCUGCGCCUUGUGGGGGGACAACGUGGCUGUAGGAGAAAAUAGUAAUAUCAGGACAGAUAUUACUGUAAUAAUAGUAAUGCAGGACAGAGAAACCUCUGGGCUCGUGGGGCUGUGCGGGCUAAGAACAAACUUGGGGGAAACAACUGAUCUCUUCACAAGACCCGGCAUUCUAGGAAGGGGAAAACGGAGCCAGUUUCGGGAAGCCUGGGCCCCUGCCAAGCCCCGAGCCGCGUUUGACCGGCAGCGCUCACUGCAAGCUCAGCGAGCUCCGUCAGCACAGAGCGGGACGGGAGAAAACCACCCCGACCCCGGGGCCGCCCGUGCCGCCUCACUUCUCCUAUUUUCCGGCUCAAAUAGGGGGAUGCUGCCGGUGCCGGGGUGGGGCCGGCAUGGCUGCGUGGGCGGCCCUGCUGCUGGGGGUGCUGCUGGCGACCCACCGCCCCGGGGACGCAGCUCUCCUGGAAGCCAAUGGCAACCUGAGCUGCCGCUGCCGCAAAACCACCAGAGCCUUCAUCCCUCCGGCGAAAUACGACAGCAUCGAGGUCCGGCCCGUGGGGAGCAGCUGCCGGCGCCUCGAGGUGGUGAUUAAGCUGAAAUCCCUGGAGAAGGUCUGCGUGGAUCCUGAUACCCCUUGGGUGAAGAAACUCUUGCAGGACCUCCCUCACCUGAGGAAGAAAGAGCGUCCCCGCUGAGGAAGCUGCCACCGGAGGGACGGCCAGAUGUGCUGGGCCCAGAACUGCCUCCCCUCCCCAUCCUGCUGCCACUUUACCCCAGUCCUGGGGGAAGCGUCCUCCCGCCUGAUCCCCUGAGACCCUUUUCCCUUGGCAUUUUAUUCCUUUAAACCCUUGACCAUGCCAGUCCCUGCCUCCCUCCCCUCCCACCCCGCGGCCAUGCGCUGGUGUCCUUUUUGAGCACAAGCCAACAGGUCCAAU